ACAUGCGAUAGGAGUUGUGGUUUUUAAAUUUAAAUGAAGUAAACAUUUGGAAGAAAAUAAAGGUUCAUUUCAAAGAUCCAAAACAAAAUUGAACGUUGUAAUUGUUUGUGCUGCCUAUGCGUUAUUUUAAUAAAGUUACAAUGGUGGCACGUUUUUGUAUUUAACGUUAUUCAUUGAUAACAAAGAAAAUAAUUAUGACCGAAAAAAAUAUUAACUACAAAAAAGCUUCAGAAUAUUGGGCAGAUAUUCCAGCAACAUUAGAUGGAGUGCUUGGAGGUUUUGGUUAUAUAUCAGAUAUAGAUAUUGAGGGUUCAACUCUAUUUUUGAAAUCAAUUUUAGCAUUAGAAAAUGCACCUAAACCUGGAUUAGCACUUGAUUGCGGUGCUGGUAUAGGUAGAAUAACUAAGCAUCUACUAGCACCCCUCUUUGAAAGAGUUGAUGUUAUUGAACCCGAUGAAAAGUUUAUUAAUGCCAUUUCAAGUUAUGUUGGAGAAAAUAAAAUUAAAAUAGGCAGUUUAUAUCAAACAAGCUUACAAAAAUUUGUACCAGAGAGAAAAUAUGAUAUUAUUUGGAAUCAAUGGGUUUUAGGUUACUUAACAGAUAUCGAUUUGAUUGCAUAUCUCACAUGCUGCAGAGAUGCCCUUUCAAAGAAUGGAGUUCUUAUUGUUAAAGAAAAUGUCACUUCAUCGGGAAAAAUAGAGAUUGAUGAAACAGAUUCAUCAGUCACAAGACCCCUUAAGCAAUAUUUAAAAAUAUUUAAACUAGCCAAACUGAAAAGGAUAAAACAGAGUAAACAAACCAACUUUCCUACGGGGAUUUUCCCAGUUUACAUGUUUGCAUUACUCCCUGUUGACCCUGAUGAAUCUUAACAUUGGUUUAUGUUAUAAUAUACAAUAUUUAAUUAAA